AUCACAGUCUGUUUAGUUUAAAAAAAUAAAAAUGUUUUGCCCAAGAAUUAUUAUUUGAGGUAAGAAAACGGAAGAGCAGAGUCUAACUGAUCACUUGACAAUUGAAUACAAAACCAAAAUUGAGUGACCUUUGUGUUUAUUGUUUUCUCACCCCACAGAAGCAACUAGUUCUGACUUUAGUAUUGUGUAUAGUUCCAUAAAGUAUUGUUGCAACAAUUUGAUACGGUGAUUUUAACCACAGUUCUCUCUCUGCAGGGUGACACAAGCACAAAUCCGUAUGGAGGAUGAGUCUCCUCCUCAAGGAAUCAGUGUCAAGGUCUUGGAAGCAACACUACUGUCAGCCCUGAAGAUGCUGGAUGUUGGGAAAUGGCCGAUUUUUUCUCUCUGUUCUCAAGAAGAGCUCAAGUUAAUUCGUCAAGCCUGUGUAUUUGGUAGUGCUGGUAAUGAGGUGUUGUAUGCAACUGAAAAUGAUGAGGUUUUUGUGCUUGGCAUGAACUGCAGUGGGUGUUUGGGAACAGGUGACAUGCAGAGCACUAUUGAACCAAGGAGGUUAGAUUCUCUAUGUGGCAAAAAGAUAGCCUGUCUGAGUUAUGGAAGUGGCCCUCAUGUAGUUCUUGCUACAGAAGAAGGAGAAGUGUAUACAUGGGGUCAUAAUGCUUAUAGUCAGUUGGGCAAUGGUACAACAAAUCAUGGUUUCAUUCCAUGUCAAGUCUCUACUAACUUGGUGAACAAGAAAGUCAUUGAAGUUGCCUGUGGCUCUCACCAUUCUAUGGUGUUAACAUCUGAUGGAGAGGUAUACACAUGGGGUUAUAAUAACUCAGGCCAAGUUGGAUCAGGUUCAACAGCUAAUCAACCAAUUCCUCGAAGAGUUACCAGCUGCCUACAAAACAAAAUAGUAGUUAAUAUAGCUUGUGGACAAAUGUGCUCUAUGGCUGUGGUGGAAAAUGGAGAGGUCUAUGUCUGGGGUUAUAAUGGUAAUGGCCAGCUUGGACUGGGCAGCAGUGGCAAUCAGCCAACACCAUGCCGAAUAGCAGCUUUGCAAGACAUUCGUGUACAGCGGGUUGCCUGUGGCUAUGCACAUACAUUAGUGCUAACAGAUGAAGGUCAGAUUUAUGCCUGGGGGGCCAAUUCAUAUGGCCAGUUAGGUACUGGGAACAAAAGUAACCAGUCUUACCCUAUAACAGUUGCUGUGGAUAAAGACAGAGUUAUAGAGAUUGCUGCCUGCCACUCUGCUCACACGUCAGCUGCCAAGACCCAGAGUGGCCAAGUGUACAUGUGGGGCCAGUGCCGUGGGCAGUCCGUGAUCCUUCCCCACCUCACGCACUUUGCCUGCACUGAUGAUGUGUUUGCUUGCUUUGCUACCCCGGCUGUUAUGUGGCGUCUUCUGUCAGUAGAGCCUGAUGACCAUCUAACGGUAGCCCAGUCACUAAAGAAGGAAUUCGAUAACCCUGAAACUGCAGACCUGAAGUUUCUAGUGGAUGGAAAAUACAUUCAUGUUCAUAAAGUUCUUCUCAAAAUUAGGUGUGAACAUUUUCGUUCCAUACUGAGUAAUGAUGAUGAAAUUAUAGAAAUGAGUGAAUUUUCCUAUCCUGUUUACCGAGCCUUCCUGGAAUACCUGUAUACAGACAACAUUAGGCUCCCUCCUGAAGAUGCAAUAGGACUGCUAGAUUUGGCAACACUGUAUAGAGAAAACAGAUUGAAAAAGCUUUGCCAGCAAACGAUCAAACAAGGCAUUUGUGAAGAGAAUGCCAUUGCUCUUCUUUCUGCAGCUGUCAAAUAUGAAGCUCAGGACUUGGAAGAAUUUUGCUUCAGAUUUUGCAUAAACCAUUUAACUGUUGUUACACAAACUCAAGGCUUUGCUGAAAUGGACCACGACCUCCUGAAAAACUUCAUUAGCAAAGCAAGCAGAGUGGGAGCAUUCCGAAACUGAGGUCUGACUACCACCCUGCUGAGGAGCGUAUCCUUUUCCCUGCUGGAAAGACAUCUCCUUUGGAUCCAUGGUCAGAAGGUGCAAAAGUUUGGAAAGAAAGACUCGGUGUCCAUCAGCUUAGGAAAUGUGUAGAAGUCCACUAAUGUACAGAUUUUGUAAAAGUGGUUACAUUAUAGAUGUGUGAUGAGAGUUCAUUGCCAACAGUCAGAAUUUAACAACAAAAAUGUAAUGCAGUAACAGCCCUCUCCCACUUAGAGUCAAGCAAACUAAGCUGUCAUCUUGUCUGAGUUUGUUUUUUCUUUAAAUGACCUGUAUUUGGACACUGACCUGUUUGCUGCUAAAACUGUCAUAGUAUAUUUUUAUCAACCAAACUAUGUUAAUAUGCCAUAAUGGGCUGCUGCUUGCCUGGUUUAUCAUAUGGUGAAGAUAGAUACAAACUUGUUUUUCUGAACAUAUGAUGAAUAUAAAUUGUUUAGGAUAAGAGGCUUUCUGAUUGGUAGGAGGAUGUGUCUCACUUGGUGUGUAUUUGGAGUAUAAGUACAUAAGCCAUGAAGAGCUUGAGCUGGA